AUGGCCUUCAUGAUGGAAAAGCGAAGGCUUGAACUAAGAGAUCAAACAAAGGAAAUGUUUUUUCACGGCUGGGAUAACUAUUUGUUGCAUGCUUUUCCUUACGAUGAACUCAAUCCCAUCAAGUGUACUGGAAGAGGAAGUGAUAAAGCCAAUCCAGAUAAUAUCAAUGUAAAUGAUGUCCUGGGCGAUUAUUCCCUCACCCUAGUAGAUACCUUGGAUACUUUGGCGAUUCUGGGACCAAAAGAAGAAUUUGAGAAAGCGGUGAACCUUGUCCUUGAGCAUGUAUCGUUCGAUCAAGAUAAUAAGGUCCAAGUAUUUGAGCUAAAUAUCCGUGCGCUUGGCGGAUUGCUCUCAGCCCAUAUUCUAGCGACCGAUCCAUCGUUAGGAUAUUCGUUGAAAAAUUACAAAGGCGGUUUGCUGCGACUAGCUAUUGAUCUCGCCGAUCGCCUUGUUCCAGCUUUCCAAGCGACGAAUACUGGCAUUCCUUACCCUCGAGUCAAUCUUCGACAUGGUGUACCUCCGACAGAAACGGUCGAGACAUGUACUGCUGGUGCCGGGAGUCUCAUUUUGGAGUUUGGCGUCCUAAGUCGAUUAACGGGUGAUCCUCGAUAUGAGACAUUAGCCAAGCGCGCUUUGAUGGCGAUUUGGAACCGACGGUCCAAACUGAAUUUGUUGGGGAACGUGAUCAAUAUUCAGACGGGACAAUGGAUUCAUACGGCAUCAUCCACCGGGGCGGGUAUCGACUCGUUUUUCGAAUACCUCUUGAAAAGUUAUGUUCUAUUCGGGGAGCACGAAUACCUUGAUAUGUUCGAAGCAGCUUACGAUGGACUUAUGCGUCAUGUCCGCGAUUCCACGGGGUAUCUUUACCGCAACGUUCACAUGAGCUCCGGUACCCUCAUGUCGACAUGGAUCGAUAGCCUCAGUUCGUUCAUGCCUGGUAUGCAAGUACUGUAUGGUGAUCUGGAUGCGGCUAUCAAAGGGCAUCUGAUCCAUUACAACAUUUGGCGUCGAUACCAUGCCCUGCCGGAACGGUUCGAUUUUUAUCAAAAGGUGGUCGAUAUUGGAUUUUAUCCUCUUCGGCCCGAAUUUGUCGAAUCCACCUAUUACCUGUAUCAAGCUACGAAGGACCCGUUUUAUUUACACGUUGGAGAAAUGAUUGUGCAAGAUCUGAAUAACCGAACUCGACUACCCUGCGGUUUUGCUACGGUGGGCGACGUACGAACAGGACGUUUGGAAGAUCGGAUGGAAAGCUUUUUGUUAAGUGAAACGCUCAAAUAUCUUUAUCUGCUUUUUGACACAGAUCAUCCAAUCAAUAAGGUUGAUUCCAACUUUGUGUUCACUACCGAGGGCCAUAUUUUGCCAUUAUCAAAACAAUAUCUGUCGCCAACGUAUCCUGAGGAAGAAGAUCCUUUGGACGCAGCCAGUUCAACAUGUUCCCCUUACCGACCUCACACCAACUAUUCAACGUCGUACCUACUCCAACCUCAAUCAUUCGAUUUGACAUCCGUACCCUAUCAACCGCAGACAGACUAUGCUUCAGAGUUGGUCGGUAACGCAGAGAGUAGCAUACGUGUUGCAGUGCCCAAUGGCUAUUGUGAGGCGGUUAACCUUAGGACCCAUUUGUACGAAUUGACCUUUGGUGAAGACACAAGGUCAAAAGAUCGUCUACGGUCUCCGCGGCUUGUCGAACUUGUGGGAGGUUUUUUGACACGAUCGUUAUCAGGUUUGAAAAUGGAACUCGUCAAGCGACCAAAAAGUGAAGGUGGAGGUUAUCUGAUCACUAGAGGUUAG